GAAGAGGACAUCGUGACGUCAUCGGGGAUGGUGACGGCUCCAAACAGGAAGAAAACAUCCAGCUGUUGGUGGAGCAGCAGCCUGUGUGUCGUUCCUACCGUAAUGAGCCGCUUCUGAGAGUGAAGACCAAACGGCUGCGCUGUCAUGCUGCGUGCGGAGUAGAUGCAGCUGCGACUGAUUCCUAAACAGUCUGUUUCUGUUCGACUUUCGUCCGCUACGAGUCUUAUUACGAGGUGUGAAUGAGUGACGUGGCGCCUCCCACAGCCCUCAGUGAAGUCCAGCUCCGCUUCCUCUGCCACGAUGACAUAGAGAACGUCAAGCAGCUCUGCAGCGAUUGGUUUCCAAUCGAGUACCCAGACUCAUGGUAUCAAGACAUCACCUCCAACAAGAAGUUCUUCUCCCUCGCUGCCACCUUCAGAGGAGGCAUCGUGGGAAUGAUUGUGGCUGAGAUCAAAGGCCGGACCAAAGUGCAUAAAGAGGAUGGAGACAUCCUGGCCUCCAGUUUUCCUGUGGACACACAGGUAGCCUACAUCCUCAGCCUGGGAGUGGUCAAAGAGUUCAGGAAACAUGGAAUUGGCUCCUUACUGCUGGACAGUCUGAAGGAGCACAUCUCCACCACCGCCCAGGACCACUGCAAGGCCAUCUACCUGCACGUCCUCACCACCAACAACACUGCCAUCCACUUCUACGAGAACAGAGACUUCAGGCAGCACCACUACCUGCCCUACUACUACUCCAUCCGCGGCGUCCUCAAAGAUGGAUUCACAUACGUGCUGUACAUUAACGGAGGUCAUCCGCCCUGGACGAUAUUUGACUACAUCCAGCACAUCGGUUCGGCUCUGGCCAGCCUGAGCCCCUGCUCCAUCCCCCAGCGGCUGUACCGGCAGGCCCAGUCCCUGCUGCGCUCUCUGCUCCCCUGGUCCAACAUCGCCUCCAAGACCGGCAUACAGUACAGCAGAACCAUGUGACGCCAGGCGCUCUUCUGAUGCUCGCCAGUCUUCCCCCGUGCAGACCAAAACACACGCGUGCUUUCACAUCACCGGCUUCCUCCGCCCCCCUGCGCUCCACACGUGAUGCGGUCACGGCGCCGUGCGGGGAGGUGGAGCUUACAUUUUCAGGAUCUACCACUGGACUUUUCUACUGGGUUGGUUCCCACUCAUCCAGAACUGUUGAUCUAGACCUGCAGCCUGUAUCCAUGCAGCGCUGGACUCACUUUCAGAUGACAUGUUGACAGCACACACUGUAGUUCUGGUCUCCACACACAGAAUGAUACUGAGGGUUCAAAGCAGCUCCUCCUGUUUCCCUCCUCCUUCCUGCUACUACCAGAGAUUAUGUACUUUAUUUGUAUAUUAUAUAUACUAAUAUAUCCACUUAUUUCAAUAUUUAUACGUAUUCUAUGCUGUUAGUAGAUCUGAAUGAAAGGUAAUCCAUACUUGCUCCUUUGUUCCUAAAGACCUGAUCCUGAAAGAUGAAGGAGUUUAUCAGUCUGGGAGUUUGAAUAAACUUUAUUGCACACAGAAACCUUUCAAACACAAUGCAGUAAAAUCUCAAUAACGUUAGCAGUUUCCUCUUUUUUUUUUUAUUACUCCACUAGUUAGUGGUUUAGUAGAACCGCAUCAGACCAAACGUCCUUUAGAUUUAUGGGUGGUCAUCAGUCCACCAGAAGCCCCGCCCUUGUCCUCCCAGAGGUUACUCAUUUUAAAGAUUUUAAAAGAUGACAGGCUGCAGGCCUGUAGCUUUUAAUUUAUUUUUUUCCCUUAUAACAUUGCUGGUAAUGUGAAUUUUUUUUAAAAAAUGUUCCACAUUAGGCUUUUAUGUCAGCUCUCAAACUAACGGCGCCUCCUGCAGGAGAGUCGCUGCAUGUCCACAGGCUCACAGGGUCAGUUUGCACCUCCUAAGUGCCAAAUAUUGGACAAAAUAGUCUUAGGGGUAACUUUGUUGGAGAUCAUUUUUUGGGCUUUCUGUAUUUGAUUUACCCAUCAGUCCAGUUUGUCAGACAGGGAUCAAAUCAGAGUUUUUUGUGACUGAACAGCGUGGGAUGCAUGUGGGAUUGUGGGAAAUCAGAAGUACCUUUCCAAUGUUGUUUGUGUGAUAAAUGGGCCUGACUGGAGAGGCCGUGAAAACUGACUGUCCCCACCUCCGAACUCUUUUACACUGUUUUUUUCAUUGUGAUUGUCUUCUUGUUCCUGUUCUUUACUUUGAUUACCUUUGUACCAUGGGUUCAACAGUGUGUGACUCCGUGUUGCAUUUCUGUCCAUCUGUUUGGACUUGGGAGAGACUAAAUAAAAUAUGACUCGAACUAAA